AUGAACGUGAACGGUUCGAGUAUAAAAUCGCAACGUGAGUACAAUGAGGUCAGUGUUGGGGUUCAGAGAUCUCCUAUCAUGAAGUUCCUGUCGCUACGGUUUCUGUAAGUUUUGGGUACUGUAACAUUGGUUAAUGUAGCUUUUUUGUUUUGAAAUGUGAUUAUUACGGUAGAAAUUGGUUACAAGCAUCAGUAGAGUAUUGUAUUAAAUGUUGUUCAGUAUGGUACUGCUUUUUUUUAAUUUAAGAAAGUUUCAAUUUUUUUUUAAUUUUUUAAAUUUAAAAAAAAAAUUCAAAAAUUUUUCGAAAUUUCAACUUUAAGCCAAAACUUUUCAGCCUAGUCCUCCUAAUCAUCAGUUUGGUCGCAGUAACAGAAGUGGAAGCCAGAAGGAGAAGAUGUUGUUGCUGCUGUUGUUGUUGCCCGUGUUGUUGUUGCUGUUGUCCAUGCUGUUGUUGUUGUGGAGGAAAGAAAUAG